ACCUCAAGAAGAAGAAGACGAAGAAGACCGGCGUUGUUGACACUUCGAAAGGCAACAAUGGCGACCGACGUGAGGCAGGAGCUUGCACAGCUGAUGAAUUCUAGUGGUUCUCAUAAAGAUCUUGCUGCCAAAUACCGACAAAUUUUGGAGAAAGCUGUUCAGUUCACGGAUGCAGACCAACUGGAAUCCUUGAAGGCCUUUGUUGAAGCAAUGGUCAAUGAAAACGUCAGUCUUGUCAUCUCGAGACAACUGCUCACCGACUUCUGCACACAUCUGCCCAACCUGCCCGACGCCACAGCCAAAGCGGUGUAUCACUUCACCUUGGAAAAGAUCCAGCCGAGGGUCAUCUCCUUCGAGGAACAAGUAGCCUCCAUCAGACAGCACUUAGCAACCAUUUAUGAAAAGGAGGGAGACUGGAGAAAUGCCGCCCAGGUUUUAGUUGGUAUUCCCCUGGAAACAGGACAGAAGCAAUACAAUGUUGACUAUAAGUUGGACACAUACCUGAAAAUUGCCCGUCUCUACUUAGAAGACGAUGACCCGGUGCAGGCAGAAGCCUACAUCAACAGAGCCUCAUUGCUUCAGAAUGAGUCUUCUAACGAACAGCUGCAAAUUCAUUACAAGGUUUGCUAUGCCAGAGUUCUAGAUUUCAGGAGGAAGUUCAUUGAAGCUGCACAGAGAUACAACGAGCUGUCUUAUAAGUCAAUUGUCCAUGAGAGUGAACGUCUAGAGGCACUGAAGCAUGCCCUGAACUGCACCAUACUGGCUUCUGCAGGCCAGCAGCGUUCUCGAAUGUUGGCCACUCUGUUUAAGGAUGAGCGCUGUCAGCAGCUGGCUGCAUAUGGUAUUCUAGAGAAGAUGUACUUGGACCGAAUCAUCAGAGGAAACCAGCUGCAGGAGUUUGCUGCCAUGCUCAUGCCUCACCAGAAGGCCACCACAGCAGAUGGCUCCAGCAUCCUCGACAGAGCUGUGAUUGAACACAACCUCCUGUCAGCCAGUAAACUCUACAACAACAUCACUUUUGAAGAACUAGGAGCGCUGUUGGAAAUCCCCCCAGCAAAGGCUGAGAAAAUUGCAUCCCAGAUGAUCACCGAAGGACGCAUGAAUGGCUUCAUCGACCAGAUAGACGGCAUCGUACACUUUGAGACCCGAGAACCCCUUCCUACCUGGGACAAACAGAUCCAGUCUCUGUGUUUCCAAGUCAACAACCUCCUAGAAAAGAUCCGUCAGGCCGCUCCAGAGUGGGCCGCACAAGCUAUGGAAGCCCAGAUGACCCAGUAGACGCCCCCUCAACACUCCAACAACAACAACGACAACAAAAAAUCCCACCUAAACUGCUCCCUUUGCCCAUCUUCAAGUUUUGUCUUCCUGCUCAAAAAUGUCACUUCGGUUCCAGUAAUGGAAGCACCCAAGAAGAACCUUCUGGUAUCGCUCGUUAGAGAUGUUUCUCUUUUUGAUACAGUUUCAGAGAGCGCUGUUGUAAUACCUAAUACUGAUUCAAUGUUUCACAGUAUUUAGAUAUGAUCACAGCAGUGCUAUAAAUCUGUAAGGAUUGACUUCAUUUGAUUUACUUCUUGUGUCAUAUGGUAUGUUUAAAAAAAAAUGUGCAUAUGAUGGUUGACAUGUAAUAUGGUUAAAGACUCAUACAACUGCUCUAUUUAAGCCUUUGCAUUCCAGCACAUUCACCCGUUUUUCAUUUGAUGUAAUGGCACAGCAAUAUCGGUCAAGUGGUUGGUUUAUUGCUUCACGUGAACCUCUCAGUUCACGCUCAUGAAAUUUUAAGCAAAGAGAAUUAAAAUCAAAGUGGAGAAAAUCA